UUGAUGUUUUCAAAUGAUUAUAGUAUUUAUAAAAUGUUUUUAAAAAGUAUCUCAUAUCUUUCAAUAUUUUGGAUUUUUGAUACUUUAGAUAAGUCUUCAACGCUAGGUGAACAUUGUUUUUCAGUAAAGGGCAAAGCAUUUCAACGAAAACAUGACCAAAUUACCUGUGGAAAAAGUAAAAGUAUUUAUAUUGAGCAAUUAUGGGUUAACAGACAACCCGAUUGUGUAAACAACCAAUCUCGAACGAGUUUUCUAAAAGACAAAAAGAACAUAUCUUGUCGAAGUUCCUCCUAUUGCCAUGUGGAAUACUUAAAAUCCAACAGACCCAAGGGUGAUAGAUACUUGCAUAUACGUUUUCAAUGUACAGAUUGUAUAGCAAUACACGGUAAUAAAGAAGAGACAAUAACCUGCCCGGCUUCCAGUGUAAUUGAAUUCUUUAAAGUAAGGUUUGGUGCCAUGAAAUGCCCAGCAAUCAAAUAUUAUAUACAAAAUGCAGCUGAUGAUUCGUGCAGAGACAGGCAUACCUGUCGUCCGAAGAACCAAGAUCAGAGAACAGUUAGCGUUUACUUUCAAUGCGGAGAUGACAAUAACAUAAAAGAUAAUGACAUUGCUACGGAAUCUCAUGGUGGUAACUACAUACCAGAAGAUGAUAGCAGUACGGAAUCAUAUGGUAGCUAUGAAAUACCAGUUGACGAAGCAAGUAUGGAAAAUCAUGAUGACAGCAAUAAUCAAGAUGACAGCAUAAGCACAGAAUCUUAUGAUCGCAGUAGUAAAUUAGGCGAAGACACAAAUACAGAAUAUCCUGAUUGCAGUAGAAUUUCAGACAAACAAUGGAAUACAGAACAUUAUGGUGGACCAAACUAUGCUGUCAUUGUUGGAGGAAUAGUAGGAGGAGUCUUACUAAUCAUAUGCAUUAGUGUUGGAGUUUUUCUUUUACGAAGAUGCAAUUGUACUGAAUCAAGUAAGGAACAUAUAAUAACAAGUUUGAAUCCCUCAUAUGAUCCUACUCAUGUUCUGGUAGAAGCAGACACGAAUCAACAAGGUCAUUUAAUGAAUUCAGCUGAUACCUCAUACGUUUCAACAUCGCAUGAAAUACAUAUUGACAAUACGACAAAUGAAGAAUCAAAUACGUAUUCGCAUAUUCGGAACGCUGUCGAUGACUCUGACGUCAUGUAUGACCAUACAAUACGUCACACUGUUCAUGACAACUGUGAUGGUGAUUACGGAAUUGCACAAAGGAGAAUUACAGAAGAUGACUACGAUGUAUCUGGAAACUAUCGCAGAUCAACAAGCAAAGAAGCAGACACUGUUUACAACUAAGUUUUAAGACUGUUCAUCAGAUUGUCAGUGAUAAAAUGACCUUGUUGUAAAUAAUUGGCAUAUAUCGAUUUAAGAUAUUCCUUAAACUGACAAAUUAUCGAAAAAUCA